CUGGGCCGGACGAGGGCCAUCUGGACCCGCCGGCGGGGGAGCGGGGGAGGGGUGCGUAUGUACGCCCCCAGUGUUCGUUAGCGUUCCGUUGCCGCAUACGGGGAUGGGAAGAGCGAAGAAAGAAAACGAAAGAAAAUAAGGCAAUUCUGUCCGAUGAAUCUUUCCUGUCUACACCUCUUUAAAGGCGGAACAAAUCAUCAGCGAAGCCUUUCCAACAGUGAUACGGCCAAAACGAGCUUGAACCGCAGAGAAAUUGAACCAAAAAAUAAGAGGAAAAAACAAAAAGGGAAAAUUCAACUGCACCUUCUCUCCCCUCUAGCUCUCUCUCGCGCUUCCUCUCUUCUUGGUUCUGGAGCUCAGAUCUGAAAGAGCUUCGUGUUGUGGAUGUAUCUCAUUCCCAGCUUGAAUGAAGCACUCCUUUUCUGAAGUUACAGCAUUUGCUUCCACGAUAUUUAAGAAAAUUGCUACACAAUGGCAAAAUCAAAGCAACAAUAUUCGACCCAAAAUGCAUCGGUGUCGCCUACAGCUGCAAGAUCAAGGGAAUGGGAAGGCCCAUCAAGAUGGACGGAGUACUUGAGUCAAGAAACGGCUUUUUCUCCUGUGGCAGCAACUAGGAGUUCUAAGAAUGUAGCUUCUGAAGGAAAGUCCCAGAGUUCAGGGGGGCCUAAUAAAGGCUUGAACAUGCAGUGGGUAGUUCAAAUCACCCAAGUUGGGGAAGGCCUGUUGUCUAAAAUGUAUAGACUGAAUCAGAUUUUGGACUAUCCUGAUGUGGCAAGUCAUGUAUAUUCGGAAGCAUUUUGGAAAGCAGGUAUUUUCCCCAACCAUCCAAGGAUUUGUAUGUUGAUAUCGAAGAAGUUUCCGGAGCAUCCUAGCAAACUACAACUUGAGCGUGUUGACAAGGUUGCAUUGGAUGCUCUGCAUGACAAUGGGGAACUUUAUUUACAAAGCUUGGAACCAUGGGUUCAGAUGCUGCUUGACUUGAUGGCAUUUCGAGAGCAAGCCUUGCGACUCAUACUGGAUCUGAGCAGUACAGUUAUUACCUUGUUGCCCCAUCAGAACUCACUUAUACUACAUGCAUUUAUGGAUCUCUUUUGUUCCUUUGUCCGUGUCAAUCUCUUCUCCGAGAAAAUACCAAGGAAAAUGAUGCUGCAAAUAUAUAACCUUUUGCAUGCCAUGUUAAGAAAUGACAGAGACUGUGAUUUUUAUCAUCGGUUGGUUCAAUUCAUAGACUCUUAUGACCCACCAUUGAUAGGGUUACAUGAAGACCUAAAUUUUGUUAGCCCUCGUAUUGGAGAGGUUUUAGAAGCUGUGGGCCCUGUAAUUUUUCUUUCUACAGAUACAAGGAAACUGAGAAAUGAGGGGUUUCUAAGUCCAUUUCAUCCUCGAUAUCCAGACAUACUUACAAAUUCUGCACACCCUAUGAGAGCCCAAGAUUUAGCUAAUGUGACUUCUUAUCGGGAGUGGGUACUAUUUGGGUAUCUUGUUUGCCCUGAUGAACUACUCCGUGUAACGAGCAUUGAUAUAGCUUCGGGUGUAUUGAAGGAAAACUUAGUUAUCAAAUUAUUUAGGGAUGAGUAUAUACUGUUGCACGAGGAUUAUCAGUUAUAUGCUUUGCCACGGAUAUUAGAGUCAAAGAAGAUGGCAAAAUUGGGACGUACAAAGCAAAAGGAAGCGGACCUGGAGUAUAGUGUUGCAAAGCAGGUUGAGAAAAUGUUGAGUGAAGUGCAUGAGCAAGCAUUAGCAUCUUGUGAUUCAAUACACCAUGAGAGAAGAAUAUUGCUAAAACAAGAGAUUGGAAGGAUGGUGCUAUUUUUUACUGAUCAGCCGAGUUUGUUGGCUCCUAAUAUUCAGAUGGUUUUUUCUGCCUUAGCCUUGGCACAAUGUGAGGUCCUGUGGUAUUUCCAGCAUGUAGGAAUUGCCUCGUCAAAAUCUAAAGCUGCUCGUAUGGCACCAGUUGACAUAGAUCCAAGUGAUGCAACUAUAGGGUUCUUACUGGAUGGGAUGGACUGUCUUUGUUGUUUAGUGCGGAAGUAUAUUGCUGCAAUAAGGGGGUAUGCAUUAUCAUAUCUUUCAUCUUCUGCUGGUAGAAUCCGGUUUUUGCUGGGGACUCCAGGAAUGGUGGCUUUAGACUUAGAUGCGAGCUUGAAAGGGCUUUUUCAGCAGAUUGUUCAGCAUCUUGAAAACAUACCAAAGCCACAGGGUGAAAAUAUUUCUGCCAUCACAUGCGAUCUAUCUGAAUUGCGCAAGGAUUGGUUGUCAGUAUUGAUGAUUGUAACAUCUGCUCGGUCAUCUAUAAACAUCAGACAUUUGGAAAAAGCUACAGUUUCCACUGGGAAGGAAGGGUUAAUAGCAGAAGGAAAUACUGCAUAUAAUUGGUCCAGGUGUGUUGACGAACUGGAGUCUCUGCUAUCGAAGCAUGGAAGUCUUAAAAAUCUCUAUUUUUAUCACCCACAUCUUACAGCAGUUUUCAGGAACACCAUGUUUGGACCAGAAGGACGUCCUCAACACUGCUGUGCAUGGCUUGGUAUUGCUAGUAGUUUCCCAGAGUGUGCUUCUCCUAUUGUUCCUGAAGAGGUAGCUAAAAUUGGUCGUGAUGCAGUUCUAUAUGUUGAGUCUCUCAUUGAAUCCAUCAUGGGGGGAUUGGAAGGAUUAAUCAAUAUCCUUGAUUCAGAAGGAGGUUUUGGCUCCCUAGAGAUGCAGCUUCUUCCAGAGCAGGCAGCUAUACACAUAAACAAUUCAUCAAGAGUUUCAAUUCCUUCAGUGAAAUCUCCAAAGGGAGUUGCUGGUUUUUCUUUGCCCGGUCAUGAGAGCUAUCCAGAAAAUAACAGUUCAAUCAAAAUGUUAGAAGCUGCAAUGCAGAGGCUGACGAACUUGUGUUCGGUCCUGAAUGAUAUGGAACCUAUAUGUGUUUUGAACCACGUAUUUGUUCUAAGGGAGUACAUGAGAGAAUGCAUUCUUGGAAACUUCAGGAGGAGAUUGCUUGCAGUAUUGAAAACCGAUAAUGAUCUUCAACGACCUUCUGUUCUCGAGUCACUGAUUCGCAGACAUAGCAGCAUAGUCCAUCUAGCAGAGCAUCAUAUCAGCAUGGAUCUAACCCAGGGUAUCCGUGAAAUUUUAAUUACAGAAACCUUCUCAGGCCCUGUUUCUUCUCUGCACUUGUUCGAGAAAUCGGCAGAGCAGCAUACUGGAUCAGCCAUUGAAGCUGUAUGCAGCUGGUACAUUGAGAACAUAGUGAAGGAUGUAUCUGGUGCUGGAAUCCUGUUUGCACCCAUCCACAAAUGCUUCAAGAGUACAAGGCCAGUUGGUGGAUAUUUUGCAGAGUCAGUCACAGAUCUCAGAGAAUUGCAAGCCUUUGUUCGCAUUUUUGGUGGUUAUGGUGUUGACAGGCUUGAUAGAAUGAUGAAAGAACACACAGCAGCACUUUUGAAUUGCAUUGACACAUCAUUGCGAUCAAACCGUGAUGUGUUGGAGGGAAUUGCUGGAAGCAUGCAUUCUGGUGACCGUGUAGAAAGAGAAGCAUGUUUGAAACAGAUCGUUGAUGUUGAGACAGUGAUUGGAUUUUGUAUUCAGGCAGGGCAAGCCUUGGCUUUUGAUCAACUACUGGCAGAAGCUGCUGGUGCUGUUCUUGAAGAAGGUGCAUCCCUCAUACACUCAUUACUGGCUGGACUGGUUAAACACUUACCUAAUGAAUUACCCGAGAAGAAGGAAAUUAGGAGGUUGCAGGGGGUAGCAAACAGUGUUGGAGUUGUUGCUGAUCAUGAUUCUGAAUGGGUAAGAUCGAUCUUGGAAGAUGUUGGGGGGGCAAAUGAUGGUUCGUGGAGCUUAUUGCCAUACCUGUUCAUGACAUUCAUGACAUCCAAUAUCUGGCACACCACUGCAUUCAAUGUUGAAACAGGGGGCUUCAAUAAUAACAUUCAUUGCUUAGUUAGGUGCAUCAGUGCUGUAAUUGCAGGAAGUGAAUUUGUUAGAUUGGAAAGGGAGCAUGAGCAGAAGUUGUCUAUGUCCAAUGGCCAUGUGGGUGAUCCUGAAAUGCAGAGCCGCUUGUCAGCCGAAGCAAACAUAAAAUCUGCAAUGCAGAUCUUUAUUAAAUUCGCUACAGUGAUUAUUCUAGAUUCUUGGAGCGAAUCUAACAGGUCUCAUCUUGUGGCAAAGCUUAUCUUCUUGGACCAACUCUGUGAGACAUCACCAUAUCUUGCAAGAAGCUCACUUGAAGCUCAUGUCCCCUAUGCCAUUCUCCAUUCAAUAUAUAACCAGUGCUAUGCAGAUUCUCCAUCCAUGCCGCUGGCAUUACUAACUGCAUCACCCCGUCAUUCACCCGCCAUGCCUUUAUCACAUGCAUCCCCUAUACCUCGGCAGCCCCAUGGAGACACAACUCCUCACACAAAUGCUAAUAAUUCAGGCUAUUUCAAAGGAUCUGCAACUCGUAGUCAGGAGCAUCUCGGGGAUACUGUUAGUGGAAAUUUACGUGGCACUGACAGCAAACAUCGAAAUGUACGGAGGUCUGGGCCAUUAGAUUACAGAUCAAAUCAGAAAGUAAAGUUUGUCGAAGGAUCAACUUCAGGCAGCUCGGGUCCCAGCCCACUGCCCAGAUUUGCAGUGUCAAGGUCUGGUCCUAUAUCAUACAUGUAGGUAAAUGGAUGAAAGUUGAAUUAUCUGCACACUAAUGCCAACAUAUUUGUACAAAAUUUUGGCUUUAAAAAGGAAAAUCUGAAAUUACUUUAGAGCUUCGGUCUAAUGCCAGCCUCAUUUACUUAAA